AUGCGUUGGUUUGUGGUUGGUGUGGUUGGCUUCCUGGCCAUUGGGCUUGGCUACAAUUCCCCGGCCUACGAAAGAACCUGCAAAGCACAGAAGGGAGAGAAGAAGUCGGACGAAGGCGAGGACCACGGGAAGCUCUUCUGCGCGCAGGCACUACGUACAGCAGCUCCUCCAGCAGUUCGCUCCGCCCUCAGCAAGCCCCAGUUGGAUGAGAUCGGCAGCGGCGUGAUGUCCUUCUUCAGCAAGACCAAGGAAGAGGUGCUUGGCCAGAGGGCCGGCCUGGGCAGUGGCGUGUCUGACCUUGCCGAGGGUAUCUUCGGAGGCGCCCUCGGCUCCUUCGCGAAGGUGUCGGGCUCUCUCAAGGACACAGUUGGCAGCUCGCUCGGUGAGCCCAUGGGCAGUGAUCGAAAGGCGCUGAACCUGACGGAAGGCUUGGACCUGGGGUACGCGAGCAUCGCCACGGGCAUCUCGGAGGGCAUCUCCGCCGUGGUCAAGGAGCCCUUCAAGCAAGCGAACGAGGACGGUCUGGUGGGCCUCGCGAGCGGCGUGGCCCUGGGAGCAGCGAGUGCUGUGGUGAGGCCGAUGGAAGGCCUACUGGGCGCAGUCGAGAAAUUGUCCCAGGGCGCGGAGGGGGAGGUCCGCGGCCGCUACCGCGGCUACGGCGGACUAAGGCGGCCUCCGAGGGCCGCCUUCCACCCCGAGGCCCAUGGCCUGCAAGCCUUGGCCGAGAGCUUCUUCUGGCCGAUGUGGCUCCUGCAUGUGCGGGCGCUCAGGGCGACUUCUUCUCGCAAGGGCUUGGCAGCAGCGGUCUGA